CCCCAUUCCCCCAGUCUAUCCCUACAAGUGGCCAUGAACGGACUAAUUGAUCGGUUGGAAGAGAAUCAUGCUCAGUUUCCCUACACUCGGUUAAAACACUCUUCACGCUACUGUGCCGUUUCGUGCCCCGCCUCUUCUGUGGACCAACCAGCCUCUCCCACUACAUUUAGAAGUUCUCACGAGGACAUCGAUCCUCGGUAUUUUUGGGGCGACAGCUCUGAUGAGGAUGAUAUUCCGUGCAGUAUCUCAGCUAUCUUCAACUUGGACGACGUUCAAGUCGAUUCCUCUAACGUUUGUCUAGGCUCGACAGAUGAACGAAUGUGUCUGGACACCUGUGCCAUCAUCCCUGACUCAACUGGCUCGGAACACUCGUUUGAUUCCUUGCCCACUACCUCCAUCACUCUCGACGAUUCCUCGUUGCCAUCUUAAUCAUGAAACCAGCGGUCAUCGAUACUCUACUCGCAGUUUUUUUGAAAUUGGCUGUGCUGAUUAAAUCGGUUAAACUGUUAUGUCACACCGUCAUAUCGCCCACGUUUCUCGGACCCGGUGAUUGGGUUUUUACCUUUUGAAUAACUUGCUCAUAUUUUGGAGACAGAAUAUCAUUUUGUUUCCAAGCCUGCUAUGCUGCGAUACAUUGUCUAACUAAACACUGUUUUUGCAUCUAAUGGAUUGCUGUUUUUUCACCCGAUCAUCAUAUCCUAACCACUACUUCAGCGUUUGAAUGAGCUGUUAUUUUGACUCCCACCCCAAGGAUAAAUUCCUUUGCAUUGCAGCCUCUUUGAAUGCGCUUUCUGUCCCAGCCGUUUUGUAGUUAGACAUAGUCUGGAUCAUUCCACCGUUUGUUCUGCACUGGGCUCUUUUUCGCAGACAGUGCCUUUAAAUUCGGCGAUUACUGUUCCUUUUGGAAUACAAUUUCGCUGUCAAUUGCGGAUUUUACCUUUUUUGCAUGUUUUUGACAUUCUGCUUUUUUGAACUGUUACCCAAGUCACUCAUGUUGUCAUUCUCCGUCACCCUUUUGAAAGCCUUACGUGAUGAACACUGUCUACAAAGUCCGGAA